AUGGUGUCUCAGAAACAUGCAGAUGAAGCAGUAGUUAGUAACAGUUUCAAUGAUACUACAAAUCAACAAGGAAUACUUGGAAAGGAUGAAGAUCAAGAACAAGAUCAUUCAUUCAGUGUCAAGGAUUUACUUUGGCAUGGUGGUUCUGUUUACGAUGCAUGGUUCACAUGUUCUUCAAAUCAAGUGGCUCAAGUGUUGUUGACACUGCCAUAUUCAUUUUCUCAACUUGGUAUGCUAUCUGGAAUCUUGCUUCAAAUAUUAUAUGGAAUUCUUGGAUGUUGGACUGCUUAUCUCAUCAGUGUUCUCUAUAUGGAGUAUCGAACCAGAAAAGAAAAGGAAAAUGUUAAGUUCAACACCCAUGUCAUUCAAUGGUUUGAAAUUCUUGAUGGAUUGCUGGGCCCAUUUUGGAAAGCAGCGGGGCUAGCUUUUAAUUGUACUUAUCUUAUCUUUGCAUGUGUGAUUCAGCUUAUAGCUUGUGCAAGCAACGUCUACUACGUAAGUGACAACUUAGACAAAAGAACUUGGACUUACAUAUUUGGAGCAUGUUGUGCAACAACUGUCUUCAUACCAUCCUUCCAAAAUUACCGUAUUUGGUCUUUUCUUGGAGUUGGAAUGACAACUUACACUGCUUGGUAUCUCACUACAGCAGCUAUUCUUCAUGGACAAGCUGAAAAUGUGACACAUACUGGUCCAAAUAAGUUAGUGUUAUACUUCACUGGAGCAACCAAUAUACUAUACACAUUUGGUGGACAUGCUGUUACAGUAGAGACUAUGCACGCCAUGUGGAAACCACAAAAGUUCAAGCACGUAUACUUGUUGGCAACUUUAUAUGUUUUCACAUUAACGAUUCCUUCUGCUUCGGUUGUUUAUUGGGCAUUUGGCGAUCAACUUCUUAAUCAUGCCAAUGCUUUCUCUCUUCUCCCCAAAACCCGUUUUCGUGAUGCUGCUGUUAUCCUUAUGAUCAUUCACCAGUUCAUCACAUUUGGUUUUGUUUGUACUCCAUUGUACUUUGUAUGGGAGAAAGUAAUUGGAAUGCAUGAUGCAAAAAGCAUUUGUUUAAGGGCACUAGCAAGGUUACCAGUGGUGAUACCUAUUUGGUUUUUGGCCAUUAUUUUUCCUUUCUUUGGACCCAUUAACUCUGCUGUUGGAUCUAUUCUUGUUAGCUUCACUGUCUACAUCAUUCCUUCAAUAGCAUAUAUGGUCACUUUUAGAAACGCGUCCGCAAGACAGAAUGCUGUUGAAAAGCCUCCAUUUUUCAUACCAAGUUGGACAGCAAUGUAUAUUGUUAAUACAUUUAUUGUGGUAUGGGUUUUGGUGGUUGGGUUUGGGUUUGGAGGAUGGGCUAGUAUGACAAACAUCAUUAGACAAAUUGACACAUUUGGGCUUUUUGCUAAAUGUUACCAAUGUGACCCUCCAACACCACCCAUGGUUGCAGCUCCACCUCUUCAUGCUCCUCAUCAUUGA